CCUUAUUGUUUACGUCUCUGCCUCUUCACAUAUUCGUUCAAUUAACUUAAGUUAAUUUCAUGAAUAUUCUUGUCUGAAUUAAAAUAUUCGAUAAUUUAUUUACCUCUUUUGAAUUUGUCGUGUAUAAGAAAUGGCCGAUGAUGCGUUGUUUGAUUUUCUUCAUAUGGAAAUAGUCAGUCAAGUGACAAAAUCUGAUCCUGGCUCCCUUCAAGAUGGAGAUGAAGCUAUGUCUAAAUUGGAACAAAUUGGCUACUCCACUGGCUAUAGAUUCAUUGAAAGACUAACCAAGGAUUUAUCAAGAUUUAAAGAUGAGCUAGAAGUCAUGAAAGCUAUCUGUAAAGAUUUUUGGAGUGCAGUUUUCAAGAAGCAAGUUGACAACCUCAGGACUAAUCAUCAAGGUGUAUAUGUUCUCCAAGAUAACAAGUUUAGGUUCCUUGCCUCAAUAUCCAACAGCAGGCAAUAUCUAGAAUUAGCCCCAAAGUAUCUAGUUUUUACAUGUGGUUUGUUGAGAGGAGCUUUAGCCUCCCUAGGACUCACCUGCAUUGUUACUGCUGAAGUGACAACCAUGCCAGCUUGUAAAUUCCAGGUCCACCUCCAAAGAGCUUAAUCAAUCAUAUUAGUUCACAUCAUACUUUAUUUUUUGUUUGUUUGUUUUAUAUAUGCAUAACAAGGUGGCUGAUGUCUUGGAUGAAACAUUAAUAAAUGCAAUUGAAAUACUAAA